AUGAAAAUACCUUCGUAAAUCAUUUUGAUGGCAAAAAAACACAAAGCAUUGGCUAAACUAAAAGAAAAACAAAUAGAACAAGUCAUUUAAGCUAGCAAUCAAUAAGAAUUACCCAAGGAAGACAAUGAAGGACAAAGGAAAAAGAAGAUGGCUUAUUUAGAAGUGGCCAUCUUAUAAUAUAAGGAUACCCUAUAAUAACAAUUGAAUGACACAAUGAAUUUAGUGAGAAAGAAAUAAAGUAGAAGAUAUGAAGAAAAUGAAGAUGAUGAGGCUGUUCCAGUCUAAGAUUAAUAAUUAGAUCAACCUGAAGAAGCCAGUAGUGAAGAUGAAAGUCCAAUCUAUAAUCCAAAGAAUUUACCAUUGGGAUGGGAUGGAAGACCUAUUCCAUAUUGGCUAUACAAAUUACAUGGUUUGGGUGUUGAAUAUAAAUGCGAAAUAUGUGGAAAUACAUCCUAUUGGGGAAGGAAGGCUUUUGAGGAUCAUUUUCAAGGUUGGAGACAUUCUUAUGGCAUGAGAUGUCUGAGAAUACCAAAUACUUUGCAUUUUAAGGAAAUCACUAAAAUUUAAGAUGCUAUCAGUUUGUACAAAAAAAUCCAAUACGAUCAGGAAAGAAGCAAGUUCAGACCAGAAUAUGAGGAGGAAUAUGAGGAUACAGAUGGAAAUCUGUUAAAUAAGAAAACUUAUUAUGAUUUAAAAAAGUAGGGAUUGUUAUGA